AUGUACAAUUAUACAGCAUUAGCAAUUGAACUUAAUGAACCGGAAGAUGAUGUAGCACCAACCGAUUCUCGACUUCGACCGGAUAUGCGUAUGAUGGAAAAUGGUAAUUGGAAUGCGGCAAAUGAAGAAAAAAAACGUUUAGAAGAAAAGCAACGUAUUGAUACAAAAAAAUACCAGGAUAUGUUAGAGAAUGGCGAAAAAAUAAUUGAACGACCAAUAUGGUUUAAAAAAUGUUUUGAUCAUUGUUGUGGUACAUCACGAUAUCUUUAUCAAGGUCAAUAUUGGAAAUGUAAAGAAAUGAAUGAUUGGUCACAUUCACCGAAUAUUUUUAAUUGA